UCUGCAGUGUUAUCUCGCCAACAGUUUUUACAUUUUCAGUUUGUCCGAUGCGCUCCUGCGUGGCAAGAUUAUUCAGAUGUUGUGUGGCGCUGCUGACUGUACCGACCGCAUAGCGCUGCGAUAGCCCAGCACGUGUGACUCCGGAAAAGAAAAUGUCCUCUGCUUAUGCAUCUCUAGACAAUAACUGGAAGUUACGUGCCCAAAAUGAAGUACUGGAAGAUCCUGACAAAGUUGUGGACAAUAUUUCAACUCUGAAGAACCUUCUUCGAGAUGAGCCUGAAUUGUACCCAAGGACUGAUGACACAUUUCUUCUUGCAUUUUUAAGGGCAAGGAAACAUGAUGUUAAUGAAGCAUUUACACUGCUGAAGAGAUUCUACGAAGUAAAGAAGAAUUAUCCAGUACACUUUGAAGAUUGUCUCCCAACAGAGAAAGGAUAUAUUUAUGAUAUAGAAGGACUGACUGUCCUAGAUCAAUGUGAUAAUGAUGAACGAAUUGUCAUUGUGUUAAGGGUUGAGAAAGCUGAUUUGAAGAAAGUGACAAUAGAAAACUUAUUUCAACAACUAUCAACAACACUUUCCUUUUUUCUUGAGGACCAACGUGUGCAGAUUUCUGGGAUAAGUAUUAUCAUGGAUCUAAAAGGAUUUGGAUUUAAGCAUCUGUUUGCUCUCACACCUUCAUCUGCACUGUUGUUAACAAGAUUAUUUCAGGAUUGUUUUCCCAUCAGGCUUAAAGCUAUCCAUGUGGUGAAUGAGCCUAUUUUUAUUGGUUCGCUAUUUUCUUUAUUCAAACCAUUCAUAAAGGAAAAACUGAGGAAACGUAUUCAUUUUCAUGGUACUAAUUUGUCCUCACUGCAUGCUUGUUUACCAUAUGAAAUUUUACCACGCCAGUUGGGAGGAAUGGUGCCUGACUUCAAUUUCACUACAUUCAGAAGGAUUUUUGAAGAAAAUGAAGAUGUAAUUAGAGGAUGGAGGAAGUUUGGUUACAACAAAACACUAUAAAAUUAUAUCGUGAAGUAGUAAGUUGUGCCAUUUCCAUGAAGGCAAAAGCAAUACGAAGACGUUAUCAACAAUAUCUCACAAGCAAUAGCUGCCAAUGAAACCCCGUUGCUUGGAUUUUCACUGGAUUUCCAUCUGCUGAGAAUGCUUACUGCAAACACACACACACACACACACACACACACACACACACAUUGCUGACUAUUAGCUCAAAAACUAAAAACUAAUAACACAACAUUCAUAUGCAAUGUCUGCUACCUUGUGUUCCCUUCCAUUCCCUCUGGUAUAAAUGAUUCUAGCCAUAUACAAGUGAAUGGUAGUGGAUUUUCUGCAAAUGCUCAUUCACAUGUGUUUGCUUCCAUUUGCUCCAUUGUAAACCAGGCUUUAGGUGCUUAGAAUUGGUGUCUGUGAACUCUGGAUAAUUCCGCUACACGGCACUGCGUGAAUUCGCCGAGUCGCGUGCUAGGUGGGCAGGGCUGUACAAACCGCUGUUAUAAGCUGUUCUUCGUGUGGUAAAAAUGUGUAACUUCAACAUUUCUUACAAAAUACCAGCAGUGCCUCUUAGCAGCUAAAAUUUUGACAGUUCAUUUCUUUUGUUAUCUUCUUCCUGUGUAAAAAUUUUCAGGAUAUGUUUCAACAUGUCUUAUUUGACCAUACCUGUGAUAGUCCAUAGCUGCCAUGAUGCCUGUAAUUAACUGUGAAACUUUGCUAUGCAGUGAGGAUCAUUUUGCACAAUGAGUGCACUGUUCUUGGCAGAGUUACAAAACAGCACAGGGAAGGAAGACUGUAAAAGUGUCUCAGUUUGUAUGGAAGCGUGACAUGCAUGGAGAUCAUGCACUUUACACAGAAUUGCACCUCCAUCUCUCCUUAACACUGGUCCAAAAGUUUCCUUGUAUAUCGGCUGCCAUUUUUCCCUGCUUCUCAUUACCAUUGAGGGGAAACUUAUGUACAGGAGACUAAUUACCGGCGUCGAGCAUCAUCUCAAGAGGUGACACAGCUAGUGUGUAAGGUCUAAUGGUCAUAUCCUUUGACUUUUUUUUCUAAAACAAAAAUGGUCCAGUGGCAAAGCAUGAUCCAGUAAGCAUGGGAUCAAAUCCUGUUCAGACCACAACUUUUCACUAUGAUUUUUAACUGAGAAUUCACUUCUCACAGAUGUUGGAGUGGCUACAAAAAACGUGUGGUUUGGGUUCCACUUUAAACUGCAGGUCUCCAUUUUAUGAUUAGACAUCUGGGGAAGUUUAGGGUGUAAGUAGCUGCAGUGGCAUCCAGUUGAAAGAUGUGCAAGAGGCAUAAUGGGUACACCAAACAGAAUUCUCUUUUGCUUGUGGUUGUUAGCUUGUUUGCUCUGGUGAAUAACUGGCUUAAACUGUACACACAUUUUUUUGAAUAACUUCAUAUCAACAGUUCAAUUCUUGCACAUGUAAUUCUGCCAAAAGUAGCUAACAGAGAAAAUAAAAUCAAGGCAGUGUUUGAUGUCAAAGGUGACUUACAUCAAUAAGGACUUAUAAUUUGUUGAAAUGAAAUGUGUCUUGCAGUACUACAUUUUAUAACAAUUCCUGUAGGCCAUUCCUUAUAAUAAUGUUUGAAUGCUGUACAUUUGACUAUCAGUGAAACAGGUCUUUGUUUAUUCCCUGCAGUUGUCACAAAAAUGCGAAGUGUCUAGUGAAUGACAAAAACAAACAUUUUCCUUGCACCAGGCACACCAGAUAAAGGAAAAAGUGAUGCAAUCAGGCACUUCGCAGUAAACACUAGUUUUAUUUAGACAAAACUGGGAUGGAGUCAUAAAUGGGCCCAGCCAUUGUUCUGCAUAUUGCGCUGCAUACUACGUAUACUUGAUCAAAUUCGUAAAGCGUGGCAAAGAAAACCGGUAACGCACAAAUGACUGGAGCAUAAAAACACUGUUCAGCUGGUAAACAUGAAAUCAGAGAGAGGUAUCGGAAAUUAAGUUGUCCGAUAAUUUCCUGAAAAAUGCUUUCCACUGUCAAAAAAAAUUCUUUAUCAAGAAGUUGAAUCGCAUUAAUAGUUCCAGGCAGAAUCCACAUUACAUCUACAGAUGUUUUGUUGUCAUUCACAAAAACCAAGAAUCCAACAAAAGCAAUGAAUUAGUUUCUGCAGCUGGUAGGAAUACGUUUUGAAUAAAAUGUUGAAAAUUAUUCUUUCCCAUUUUUCCAGAUUUUGAUAUGUUGAUUAUAAGAUUUUUGCAACUAACCAGUCCAUUUUCUAUUUUUGGUCCUAAUUUGCCUUGUGGUUCUUGAAGACUGAUAUACAGCUGCAGAAACACUAAAUCACUCAUACUUAUCACUGGCAUUAUCAUAUGUGAAUGUAUCAUUGCUUUCAUUGAUUGUACAACUGACUCUGAAAUGAUAAAGUGCAGUGUGCACAUAGUUCUUUCACAAAACCUGACUGACCAGCAUGAUAAACAUCAGUUGCGGGGAUAAAAGUUUCAUCUUUACAUCGGCUACAAAUUUCUCUAUAGCAUUGUCUAUCACUGGCAGCUGCUCUACACAUUUACAUGACAUAAAUUUGGUAAAUUGGUGACUUCCUAUCCUGUACAAUUUCUUGAACCUGUGUAGCGAGGUCGACGAAGCCGGAAAAUUAGCAAUGUUCAUGUCAGAUGCAAUUCGGAGGGCCCAGUGUCAUAGGUCUUGAUUGGUAAUGGUACAUAGCCUCUAACGAGCAGUUCUAAAUCUUUUGAACAGUUUUUGAUUCAGAUGGUUUCAGGUUUCUGUUUGUUGCGUAUUUCUUACUUCAUGUAAUUCGUUCCUCCAUGUGCACAGUUCAUGAAAUGAAAACUCUUUUGCACUUCAAUCAUUUUUUCCCUUCUUCAUUUAACCAUUAUUCCACUGCCUUUCCUUUGUCGCUGAAAGCUGUUGCAGUACGUAUUUUUUUAAGGCUUGGAUGGUAUUCUUCUUCAGAAGUGUUACUGGCACAACUAACAUCGUCUGAACCACAGUUCAUGGAAUCAUCACAGUUAUUUCCUAUCUCUUAUUGCGUAUCCACAGUUUCAAACAAAAUGUUGAUAUGAUUCGAAUGAAUGUCCAGGCAAUCAACUAACAAAUGAUACUUAUAUACAUCCUGAGGAGAAGUAAGUGAUUUCAGCUGGAAACCAUAUUCUUCAUAUUUCAUCAUUGCUAAAUUGAGAAUAUUAAUUGGAUUCCACAUUUCUGUGAAAGGGGAAGAAAACAAAGGUACUAUUAGCAGGCAUGCCUUAGGAAAGCACAAUAAAUAUUAAUUCAGCUUUAUCUGUAUUCUCAAUACUUACAAAUACUGCAAAAAGCAGAGAAGUCACUUGAGUGGCUAAUUCAAGAGAACAGCAACUGUGUACUGUAGUGUCAGAGUAACUAUCAAUGAACAAUAAUCUGAAAUGUUCUUUACAAAUUAUGAUCGAGUUGUGUCAUUUCCCCUGUUUACAAAUGUACCACCAACUUCAGCUGUGUGUGUGUCUAGUUACACAUGUGCAGUUGCUGCAGCACCAGUAGGGGUGUACGUUUCCACUGCCACCAUGUUUUAUUGGACUAUUCCCUUGUAAGAGAAGAUUACUGCAGAGUACCUAAAUUCCAUCAUGUCUGAUGUUUUACCAAUGGUAAUGGCUUCUUCCUAGGCUAAAAGUCUUCAUUACAAGGCCAGAAUCAUACUACAGUGGUGAGAGGAGAAUGACAGUGAACUUAUGUUGAUGUUUUGGAUACCAUAUUCACCUGAUGUGUAUGCAGUAGAACAUAUCAGGGACACAAUUGGCUGCUAGUUCCACACCCACCAUCCACAGGCAUAUAAUUUAUGGGAAUUGUGGUGAUUUGUGCAUAGAUAUCUGGUGCCACAUACCUCUGGAAACCUUCCAAUAACUUGUUGAAUCCCUACAAUGCAGAAUGACAGCAACUAGUUUGAGGAAUCAAAAACAGUUUCUGACCAAUGAUACCCACAAAAGAGAAAGUAUUUUACAGUGUGAUAAAUUAUACUCAAUUUUUGUGUGAAUACAGCUGUUCUAGUCACAUGUGAAUAAAAUUUAGCCAUGUAUCCUUCUCUCAAAGUAUUUUGUAUUAUAUGCUCUUCUGUGAAAUAAACACUUGAUACUUAGAGAAAA